AGCUGACAGAUGGGAGAUCCAACGGGGAUGGAAGAAAUCUGACCUGAUUGCCAGGAGUAAAACGUAGAAGAAAAGAAAAUGCUGGUAACAAUGAAAUAGUGGAGCAUAAUGUAUCAGAGUAUCAUUGAUAAAGAGAAUCGUCGUAAGUAUGGGGGUUUCAGGAUACGGCAGAUUCUUCGCGGUUGAUACACAAAUAAAAAUUACUCCUAGAAUCUUUUCCAAAAUCAAAUGCAACAGAGAGUUACUUCCAAAGUAGUUCCAGAUUAAAAUAUAUAUAAUUAUUACCAACUAGAGUCCAACUCUCAGUCUCUUCUUAUACGUCUAUUCGAUUAUCAUCGAUCAACCACCACAAAAAAGAACACAUAGCGGCGAUUCGCCGACCAAUCCAGAGACACAUAUGUGUCAUCGAGCCGGUGACAUAUCAUAAAAGGCAGCAAAUGCAGGUGAAUGGAUCCGAAAGACGGAAAAAGAAGCCGCGAGUCGGACAACGGAGAUGGAAGCAGACAGGAAGAGGAGACUUGUAGCGACAUUGAAUGACGCUUGCGUACGAGAGGAUGAAAGAGACCGACCAACAUCGGUAUAGAGGAACAGAGAGAGGCGAGAAACGAAACGAGGAGAGAAUUAACACGCAUGCAAGAAAGAUAACAAGAGGCUGGUAGAGCAAAGAGAAGGGAGAAGCCAGGCUACAGAGAAACGUUGGAGAGGGGAACGGUCUAUAACGCAGGCAGACGGAGCCAAUCAGGGCGCAAUGCGAUUACCUUAACGAGAAAUCCGAUUACUUAUUCAUUCGCCUAACUCGAAAUCAGUUUAACUAAUCGUUUAAUUCGGUAGCUACCCCCCUACGAGCGAGCGUUUUCGAGACAGACACGGGCCGAAUUCUCUCUGUGGAUGUUCGUUGGGUGUGGUGGCCAUGGGAUGGAUGGAUCUCUCCAUCCAGCCUUCUCUGGCUGGCUAAAUAGAGCCGCACACGCGCAACCACCGUCGUUUCUACACGUGCUGUAUUACCCUUAGCCCAGAGGGUGAGAGAAGGAGGGAUACAGGCGGUGGGGAAACAGGCCAGGAGGAGAGAGGCCUCAUUCAAUUCAAUUACGUAAUGAAUUGUCGUGUCUUGAGUAAACACCCUUCCUCACCGCGACUCGCCGCCGGAAAAUCGCCGGUUGGGGAUAUGUUCUCCUCGCGCGGAGGGGAUGUCGUGGUGGCUGCGCGCACCAUCGUCUUUACUGCAUCGUUCAGGUAUGGGGAUGAUGUUAGGGCGAGGAAUUAGCGAAGCGAUGAAGCAGUUUCAGAUAAUAUCGCGUGAAGAGUUGAAUCAGUGUUUUUGUCCUUGUUUGCACUGGUUUAUCCUUAAUCGUCGACUAAUCGACAGCUUGUUUUACUAUUCAUGGUGUAAUAAUAAUUGUCUUUCUAUCGAACCUUCGUAUCGUGAAUUAUUUCAUUCAUUUUCUAUUUACUCUGUCUCUACGCGAUAACGUAGCAAGGUAUACUUUUAUUUUACUUUUGAUCAAAGAAUGAGAAUUUUUCAAAGUUCAAUGUUAAUCGAGAUAUAAAUCGAUCGGAAUCGAUUCUGUUUGCUGAACAUUUUUUUCGUUUUAAUAUUAGAAUACGCGAUUGAUAUUUAGUUUUACGAAAACAAACUUGACUUGACUUGCGCGUGAUUUAUUUAUAAGACAUACUGUACGAAACCAGAGAUUCGGUUGAGCCGAAUCAAUCUGCGGCUUGCAAACGCUUCGAAAUCUUCCGUUGCGUCUCCGCCAAGCUUCCAGUUUCACCUCUGUUUGGCUUGUUUCAACGUAUACUCACUUCUUGGUCUUCAUUUGCUUCUUCUCUAUCCUUGGUCGUUUUCCAUCGCGGUACAUCGAUACGUGGAUGCUCGCGAUAUCGACGUUUCCGGUGCUACUGAUCUCGUUUGCAUAGGCAGUAUCAGUAAUUCCGCUGUUCUCUCAGAAUUAACAGGACCCGUUCCACGGGGUUACUCACGGGUUUGCAUAGGUAACCGGUAACGGUCGACGAUCAAAGGAAAUCGAAUCGGUAUUAGCGGGAAUUCGAGUAAAUCGUUCGUUUCCUACAUUCGAUUAUGUCCUAAAAUUUAUCAUUUUUUUAUCAUUAAAGAUCAUAUAAAAGCUUGCUUAUCAUUUCGUUACAGCGAACCUUCGCCAUGGACUCAAAUCUUCGGACAAAUUUCAAUCGAAUGACAGAAAUAUCGAUCGAUAGAUUUUAUAUUCGUCUUAAAGAAAUUUUAACAACACGUGCCCAAUGUCAUCGAUAUUUCUUUGUUUCAUUCACGUUCUGGAAGACUAAAUUUCCGAUGUAACGCACACACGGACGAAAGGACGAUUUCCGUCCACAAAAAAAAGUCAUUUUCGCCAUGGCAUCCUUCCGGUCCAAGUUCCAAAUUCCCAGUGUAGUGUCGUUAAAGGUAUCAUUUUCAAUUAAUAACAGAGAAGAUACGAAAAAGAGAAUUCAUAGGUUAUACCACAACCUAACACAGCUUUUCUUAGCUUAGCUUAGUUAGCUGAGCUUAGUUUCUAACGAAAUGAAUCAACAAGGUUGCAUGCAUAAACGAAUUACUAUUCCCAGGAUAGCAGAUAUCAGAGACCAUUGUUGAAUGGUCCUUCGAUAAUACAAUCUGUGCUAAAGGAGAACAUCAGAGCGUUUUGGUUUCGAAAAUCGAAGGAUCAACCGGUCGAACCCGCCGUAGGCAACUGUGCGCGACCUUUGCCACCUCGUAUGGAUCUCGUUUGCAAGGGUUGUCCUUCAAAGUGUCUCGAAUUUGAUAAACAGAAAAAAAAAUCGAAGAGACAAUUUUUUGGUUCUAAGAAACAAUUAGAAAAGCCAAGCAAUUGUAAGAAAGAGGAGAAACCGGUAGAAAAGAAAUUGAUCUGGUGGGAGACGAUAUUCGGUCCAAGCCCUAAGAGACUCUGGCCUGAUCCAUGUACUUGUAGACUGGCCCACAGAGAGAGAAAAAAGACGAGGGCGCGCGAUCCAAGAUUGCGCGAUCCAAGAUAUCGACAGACUGCAGGAGAUGUUCUUUUGUAUACAGAACCGGUAAGACGAUGCUCGGUAUCUUCUUGCUUCGAACCACAACCGAAAUCUCCACCAGGAUACAAGAUACCCAAAGCGGCGGUUUUCAAAAUCAUGGAAGAUGUUUCCUAUACGAUGCCGGGUAAUCGCAUGGCCCUUGAUAUGCAAAUGUAUAAAGUUGACAAAGAUGUACGAUUGAAACCGUAUAGUCUUCCGUACGAAGAAUUAAGACCUCCAGAAAGACAAAGAAGACCAUUCAGUUGUCAAUUAGGAAUUCAAUCGAAAGACGUUCUUCCACCAAUAAAUAGAGACUUGAAUUAUUAUGGAGGUCUUCGACAACAACCGGUCGAAGAAGCUAAACUACCGAAGAACCUCAAAUCCACCCAAACAAGUCAGAAGAAAUUGCCUGAUACUGGAGCCAAUUUAGAUCAAAUGGUCCAAAAGCGAAGUAGAAUAGAGCAGCUUAAAAUGUAUAUCAGACAGAAAGACAUGUCUUAUUAUCCGCCGUUUUCUUCCUGAUCGACAAUGUUGAAUCCAUUUUGCAUGACAAAGAAUCUAUUAACUGAAUAAAAUGCUGAAUUUUCGUGUAAUGUAUAUUUAAAUCGUCCGUGUGUGCAAAAGAAGUAAUCUGUAAUGUUGUUCACUUAAGCACAUCAUCGAGGAAUAAAGAAAACGUAAACACGAUCUGAAUUUGUUAUAAGAAAAUAAUAUUCGCAGUCUGGAAAAACGUAUUUCCAAGAUAAAUUAAGAUUCGUGA